AUGUUAUUGAGUGCAAGUAUCCUGGGCUGCCGUCCAGUCCUUGUAAGAGACUCAAUUCUCCUCCGCUUGGUCUCCGAUGGCGCUCAAGUGCCUGGAGAGGCCCUCGAGGAGGCUCCUCCAGCGAUGCUACUCUACAAUCAGCUCUCACACAUCACGGACACCUUCUUCGACAAGAUACUUUACGUCGGUCUCCCUCGCACCACGAUUCGCUCGACGCAGGGCUCCCUCUGUGCCUCCCUCCACGGGCCCCUCGAAGCACCAUUCUACACGAAGCAUCUCAAGCACUGCGAUCCGAUUCGCGACACCCCAAGAGGCCCAAGGUUGGUAGAUGUUAAGAAGGUCUUGGUGAUUGGGAGUGGGGGCCUGAGCAUUGGACAAGCAGGAGAGUUCGAUUACUCUGGUUCGCAAGCGCUCAAAGCACUAAAAGAAGAGAACGUCGCCUCGGUCCUUAUCAAUCCCAAUAUCGCCACAAUACAGACAGACCAUAAGCUGGCAGAUGAAGUCUAUUACCUUCCCGUCACACCGGAGUACGUCACUUUUGUGAUUGAAAAGGAAAGGCCUGAUGGAAUUAUGUUGGCAUUCGGAGGUCAGACGGCCCUGAAUCUCGGUGUGCAGAUGGAUAGGAUGGGCAUCUUCGAGAAAUAUGGCGUCAAGGUCCUAGGAACAAGCAUUAAAACACUAGAGACAAGCGAAGAUCGAGACCUAUUUUCGAAAGCACUGAAAGAGAUAGACAUACCUAUUGCCGAGAGUAUCGCCGCGAACACUGUGGAUGAGGCGCUUGAAGCUGCAGAGGCCGUUGGCUACCCGAUCAUUGUACGAUCCGCUUACGCCCUGGGAGGCCUGGGCAGUGGUUUCGCCAACAAUUCGGAGGAGCUUCAUAAUCUAUCUGCGAGGUCGCUAUCACUGUCGCCUCAAAUCCUGGUCGAGAAAUCCCUGAAGGGCUGGAAGGAGGCAGAGUAUGAGGUCGUACGUGACAGGGCGAAUAAUUGUAUUACUGUCUGCAACAUGGAAAACUUUGACCCUCUUGGAGUCCAUACGGGGGACAGUAUAGUGAUAGCACCGUCGCAAACUCUUAGUGAUGAAGAGUAUCAUAUGCUUCGCACAGCGGCAAUCAAGAUCGUUCGCCAUCUAGGCGUGUGCGGUGAAUGCAACGUGCAAUAUGCUUUGCAGCCAGAUGGUCUCGAUUACCGAGUCAUCGAAGUCAAUGCCCGUCUAUCUCGGUCCUCUGCUCUGGCUUCCAAAGCUACUGCUUACCCACUUGCCUAUGUCGCCGCUAAGCUGGGCUUGGGCUACACCUUGCCUCAGCUACCGAACGCCGUCACGAAAACCACCACAGCCAACUUCGAGCCGAGUUUGGACUAUGUUGUAACAAAAAUACCUCGCUGGGACUUGAAGAAAUUCCAGCAUGUUGACCGUCACAUCGGAUCUGCGAUGAGAAGUGUCGGAGAGGUAAUGGCCAUAGGCAGAACCUGGCAGGAGAGCAUCCAGAAAGCAAUCAGACAAGUCGAUCCUAGCUACAACGGAUUUCAAGGAGACAAGUUCGAUGACUUAGACGAUGCUCUACGAAACCCAACAGAUCGCCGCUGGCUUGCCGUUGGGCAAGCUUUGAUGCAUGAGAAUUACACUGUUGACCAAGUUCACGACCUGACCAAGAUUGACAAAUGGUUCCUUUACAAACUGAUGGACAUUGUGGAUACGCAACACGAGUUAGAAGAUGUUGGCAGUCUGUUCGGAUUGAGGAAGGAUCUGGUGCUCAAAGCGAAACAGCAAGGCUUCAGUGACAUCCAAAUUGCGCUUGCCGUUGGUUGUACCGAAGACGAAGUACGUGCUCGAAGGAAGAGCAUGGGCUUGAAACCUUGGGUCAAAAAGAUCGACACCUUGGCUGCUGAGUUCCCUGCUGAGACUAACUACCUCUACACAACUUACAAUGCUUCCAGCCACGACGUGACAUUUGAUGAUCAUGGCACAAUCAUCCUCGGAAGCGGUGUUUACCGAAUCGGAAGUUCGGUCGAGUUCGAUUGGUGCGCGGUCAAUGCUACUCUUGCUCUCAAGGCCAUGGGGAAACCAACAGUCAUGAUCAAUUACAACCCAGAAACCUACUCUACCGACUUUGACACUGCCGACAAGCUCUAUUUCGAAGAGCUCAGCUACGAGCGGGUCAUGGAUAUUUACGAGUUGGAGUCCGCAGCCAAUGUAGUGGUAUCAGUCGGCGGCCAGCUUCCGCAAAAUAUUGCGCUGCGAUUGCAAGAGACCGGCCACGCAAAGGUCCUCGGCACGGAUCCUUUGGAUAUCGACCGCGCUGAGGAUCGUUCCAAGUUCUCCGAAAUACUUGACAGCAUUGGUGUCGACCAGCCAGCGUGGGCCGAGCUGAAAUCAGUCCCUGAGGCUGAGGCUUUUGCAGAUAGGGUGGGUUACCCGGUCCUUUGCCGACCCAGCUACGUUCUUUCCGGAGCAGCGAUGAACGUGAUACGCAGCCAUGGAGACCUGAAAGAAAAAUUGCUAAACGCAAGCUCCGUAUCUGGUGAUCAUCCAGUGGUCAUCACCAAGUUCAUUGAAGGGGCACAGGAGAUUGAUGUGGAUGCCGUUGGUUCUGCGGGAAAGCUACUUGUCCAUUCAGUGGCUGAACAUGUGGAGAACGCCGGCGUUCACAGUGGUGACGCGACACUAGUCCUCCCACCCGUGAACCUUGAUGACCGUACCAUGGCUCGCAUCAAAGAAGUUGCUGAGAAGGUAGCCAAGGCUUGGUCCAUCACCGGUCCCUUCAACAUGCAAAUAAUCAAAGCGGACGACCCAGAAGGUGGUGAGCCUGCUCUCAAGGUCAUCGAAUGCAAUCUCCGAGCCUCUAGAUCCUUCCCUUUCGUCAGCAAAGUCCUCGGGACGAACUUCAUUGACGUUGCCACCAAAGCCCUUGCUGGCCAGGACAUCCCUGAGCCAGUAGACCUAAUGGCCAAGAAGAGAGAUUACGUUGCGACAAAAGUAUCGCAAUUCUCCUGGGGUCGUCUGCCCGGAGCAGACCCUUUUCUUGGCGUGGAAAUGGCCAGUACCGGCGAGAUGGCCUGUUUCGGUAAGGACCUGGUCGAAGCAUACUGGACGUCUCUCCAAUCGACCAUGAACUUCCGGUUGCCUUUACCCGGAGAGGGUCUUCUUUUCGGUGGUGAUGUCUCCAAGCCGCAAUUGGCCGGCAUCGUCGAUUACCUGAAGCCGCUCGGAUACAAAUUCUUCGCCGCUAACCAAGAAGUGAAGGACCAUCUCGAAUCGACAGUCAAGGAUGGAUGCGAAGUAAAGGUCAUCGAGUUCCCCACAGAGGAUAAACGCGCUUUGAGAGAAGUGUUCAGAGAAUACGACGUCCGGGGCGUUUUCAACCUCGCUGCUGCUAGAGCGGAGAGCCUACUGGAUCAGGACUACGUGAUGCGCAGGAACGCGGUUGACUUUGGUGUGCCUUUGUUCAUGGAACCUCAGACUGCGCUCCUCUUUGCCCGAGCUAUGAGUGAAAAGAUACCUCUGCGGAAGAAAGGUGAAGUGCCGAGUGAAGUCAGAAGAUGGAGUGACUUCGCAGGAGGACACGUUCUGGGAUCUUCGAAAUGA